AUGUUAUUACUGCGGAUUGGAGUGCUACUACUCGUGUUAGUAGUAGUUGCUCAAUGUGAAAAAGGAGAUCCGUAUGAAGUACUCGGAAUCGGAAGAAGAGCAACACCAAAAGAGAUAAAGAGUGCGUAUAAGAAUCUGGCGAAAGAAUGGCAUCCGGAUAAACGAAAAGAUGAUGCAGCUUCUACUCGUUUCAUGGAGAUUGCGGAAGCUUACGAAGUUCUUUCGGAUCCUGUCAGAAAAGAACGAUACGAUAAAUUCGGAACUUUCGAUGAUGUCAAACAGUUCGAAGAUAACGCUGAACGAGCCAGAUCAUUUUACGGAUUUGGCGGAUUCAGUGGAUUUGGAGGAUUCGGUUUCGAUGAGAGUGUGUUCGAGUACAAAUAUAGAAUGUCUUAUCAGCAAUAUCAGUUCAAAAUUCUGGAGCAGUCGAACACAAAACCAUACAUUGUAUAUAUUUAUUCUAAUUAUUGUCAAAUGUGCUAUCGAUUCCAUCCACAAUGGAAACGAGUUAUUGCUGAUCUGGAACCACUUGGAUAUGGAAUCGUGACAGUGAAUGGAAAUAGGGAACAGAAUUUGAUGGAGAAAAUGAGGAUAUCUCAUGUUCCUGCAUUGGUUGCAAUUGUUGAAGGACGAAUUAUUCCAAUGCGCGUUGACCAAAGCUUCAGUGAUAGAUCAAUCGUCGCUUUUGCCCAAAAAGUUAUUCCCAGCUAUUUCAUGACAAAAAUCAACAGUGGAAUAAUGUUGUCUCGAUUUGUUGAACAAUGGAAGACAAGUAACAAAAUCUCUGUGGUCAUCUUCGGAGCAGCUGUCAAUCCUCGAAUUCGUUAUCUCCUCGCAGCAAUGAAAUACUCCCAAUUUGCUCGAUUCGCAUAUGUUUCACUUGCGGAUCCAUCAGAUGCAGUCCGGAUAUUAAAAGAAUCAGUUGAUAUCAAGUGUGUUCAAUGUGAAAACAUUUUGAUAUAUGGAGAUAUGGAACAUGAAGACGCAGUUGAUAGAUUAUCAAUCAGCGAAGCAAAGAAGUUGACAAUGGAGGCACUGGAAGAGUUCAUUGAGAAGAACAAGUUACUAACGUUACCAAGAAUAUCUUCACAAGUCAUGUUGGAUGAAAUCUGUCCAGUAUCUUCCCGCUCCCCACGUCAUCUUUGCGUCAUUCUUCCAGUCACAUCUCAUAGUUCUGAAUCUGAGCAUGUUGAUGCUUUCAGAAGAUACGUAAGAGAUACUCAAUCAAUGUGGAAAGGAAAGAAGGUCAACUUUGCUUACAUGUAUGUAGAUAAACAGAAGGAUUGGAUGAGGCCAUUUGCUGAGAAACGAAAGGGAGAGCUGAAAAAUGAAGGAAGAGAUUUGUUGAUAUUCUGGAGACUUGAAUACAAAAAGGCAAGGUUCACUUGGCUUGAAGGAGCAUGGACUGGGCAUAAAGAAACUGAUGAUUUGAUUAUGAAUGUUGUGGAACAAAGAAAACGAUUGGACGAGACAUGUACUGUUGGAAAUAUCAGUGAUGAAUACGGUCUUUCAAUAUUCACAAAGUUUAGUCGUACUUUCUGGAGGAUGUGGGAAGUCAUUUGGUUCCAUGUUUCAAAUGAAGAAACAUACAUGUUCCUCUCUGCUGUUGGUACUCUAUUCAUGAUCAUGUCAAUUGGUUGGCUGUUCAGUUACUUCAGUGAGAAACCAUCUGACAUCAAAAAACGAAAACCGAAAGCUAAUGAUGUAGCUGAUUUGACUGGUGAUCCAACAACAACAAAUGAUUGGCAUCCAGAUGAUCCGAAUACAAAAAAGAAGGAAAGUGAAAGCUCGAAACAGCUGUCAAGUGGAAAAUCUAAAUGGUCUGUCAUCAUGAAACCACUGAUUCAUGAAUUACGAGCAGAGACAUAUUUUGGAAUGAUUCGACUUCUGAAACCAGGAUGUAGAUCAAUGAUUCUUUUGGUGGACGAAGAAAAUAAGGAUGCAUUGAUCAACAAAUUCUCACAAUAUGUGUAUCCUCUCAGAAACAAUAAAACAUUCUCCUUCGGAUUCCUUGUGGUACCGAAAAACUUGGAUUGGUUCCGUAAACUGUUGGAACACACGUUGCCAACUGAUGGAAAACCAACGCCAGAACCAGAUGUUAGUCAAUCGAUGUACAAACGACUGAAACUGAUAAAUCAUCGUCAUACAAUUGGAACAGUUUUAACACUGUGUGGAUGGAAACUGUAUUUCUCCAUCUACCAUCCAAAACAUGUUGAAUUGAGCCGUCGUAACUUCAUUGACACAGAUGAAGAGCCUAGCAGUGAUGACGAAGCAUCGUAUCGAAGUGAUGAAUAUGCAUCAAUGGGAGAAAAGAAGAAAUUACACAGAAGCUCAUCUCAACGAGGAGUGAAUGUUGAGAAUGUGUUAGAUGGAUUCCCUAAUUGGAUGGAUCGCUUGCUGGAAGGAUCUAUCAGAAGAUAUUAUAUUCCCGAGUGGCCGGAUAAUCUCAAGUAA